UACUUUGCCAACCACUUCAUCAUGGGCGGCGAGAAGUUUGACUCCACACACCCCGAGGGAUACCUCUUCGGAGAGAACAGUGACCUCAACUUCCUGGGGAACCGGCCCGUGGUGUUCCCUUAUGCUGCUCCACCUCCUCAGGAACCCGUGAAGACCCUCAGGAGCUUGAUCAAUAUCCGCAAGGACACCCUGCGCCUUGUCAAGUGCUCAGAGGAGGUGAAGACCCCGGGGGAGGAAGUCAGCAAAGCCAAGGUGCACUACAACGUGGAGUUCACCUUCGACACGGACGCCCGCGUGGCCAUCACCAUCUACUACCAGGCCAGCGAGGAGUUUCACAAUGGGGUGGCGAGCUACAUCCCCCGGGACACGAGCUUGCAGUCGGAGACGGUGCACUACAAGCGAGGGGUGUGCCAGCAGUUCUGUGUCCCUUCCCACACCAUCGACCCCUCCGAAUGGAGCGAGGACGAGCUGGGCUUUGACCUGGACCGGGAGGUGUACCCCAUGGUCGUGCAGGCGGUGGUGGAUGAAGGAGAGGAGCACAGUGGGCACUGCCACGUGCUGCUGGCCACCUUCGAGAAGCACAGUGAUGGCACGUUCUGUGUGAAGCCCCUCAAGCAGAAGCAAGUGGUGGAUGGUGUGAGCUACCUCCUGCAGGAGAUCUAUGGCAUUGAGAACAAGUACAACACGCAGGACUCCAAGGUGGCCGAGGACGAGGUGAGGGACAACAGUGCCGAGUGCGUGGGGGGCCUGUCGGACGUGCGGGACACACUACUCUGUCUGUGCAAUUCCUGCGCUGACACCCUGCGUUACCAGGCCAACAACUGCCCCAUCUGCAGGCUGCCUUUCCGAGCCUUGCUUCAAAUCCGAGCCAUGAGGAAGAAGCUGGGGCCCCUCUCGCCCACCAGUUUCAACCCCAUCAUCUCCUCGCAGACCUCCGACUCCGAGGAGCACUCGGUCAGUGCCCGCUGGCAG